AACAGCGCUGAGCGGAGAGAGAAAGAGAGAGAGGAGAGAGAAUCAGAAUGGUGACAGAACAAGAGAUAUCGCAAGCGUUACAAGCCCUAAUCCAUGACUCCACUUCCAACCCAAACACCACCACCCCAACCUUCACCACCCUAAACGACGUCGUCCGGCAGCUCGAGUCCAGGCUCGGCCUCGACCUCUCCCACAAGACCGACUUCAUUCGGGCCCAGAUCCACUACCUCUUCCGAUCCCACCCACCCACUCCCCAACCUCAACCCCAGCCCCAACCCCAACAAAUUCCUCAACCUCAGCACCCCAAAGACCAUUUUGCCCUCCACCAACCCCCUAAUUACCACCACCCCGCCCCCUCCGCCUUCCAGACCUUCUCCUCCCAGCCCCCGCCUCCACUCCUGAAGCCAGAGCCCGGUACCGACGCUCCUGCGCCCGUUUCAGGCUCUAACACGCCCAAGGACAGUGCUAAACCUAAAUCUAAGAGAAAAGGUGGCCCGGGAGGUCUAAACAAACUUUGUGGUGUUUCGCCUGAGCUUCAGGCCAUUGUUGGUCACCCAACUCUCCCAAGGACUGAGAUUGUUAAACAACUGUGGGCUUACAUAAGGAAGAACAAUCUCCAAGAUCCCGGUAACAAGAGGAAAAUUAUUUGCAAUGAUGAGCUGCGAGUGGUUUUUGAGACAGACUGUACUGACAUGUUUAAGAUGAACAAGUUGCUUGCUAAACAUAUUAUUCCACUCGAACCAUCAAAACCAGCAGUUCCCAAGAAGCCCAAGGUGCCAAAGAAUGCUGUGGAGUCUGCAACAAAAAGUACAGAACCGAGUCCUUCCCUGAUAAUAUCUGAAGCACUUGCAAAUUUUUUUGGUGCUGGUGUAAGGGAGAUGAUCCAGUCAGAGGUUGUAAUGCGUAUCUGGGAGUACAUAAAGGUCCACCAUCUGGAGGAUCCUCAAAAUCAAAUGGCUAUACAUUGUGAUGCAAAGCUUCAAGAAAUCUUUGGUUGUGAAACCAUCAAUGCAUUGGAAAUACCAGAUAUUUUGGAACGUCAUCACAUAUUCAGGAGAUGAUAAUAGUUGCAGAUCACAGGCGCAAUAACUUUGUGCGCUAAACCUUCAUGAGAAAUUGAUGUAUUUCCUUGUACUUCGAACGGUUAUGUAGCAUAUUUUUACUUUAGGUCAUGUUUGUAAGUAGAGUGAUGGUAUGAAAAUGUACCAAGGUUCAUGGCAGGUCUUAUUUUGCCGAUGGCGCCAUGGUUUGUCUGACUAGGCCUGUUAGGUUUAGAGUGUGCAGCUUCUGGAGUUUCUAACACCUGUAAAAUAGCUGACACUAGAAAAAACAGAACCAAAUGUAAGCACAUGUUCUUUAACUCGUUUCAGUUAAUGAAUGUAUUUAUUUAGUCGA